AUGGAUGAGAGUCGAGGAGUUAUAAGGAAUCGCAAAAGGGUUCAUAAUGAGAUUAUGGUUGAAGCAUUAGUUAUUAAGAAUACAGAUUUUAAUAAAGUUGCUACUUCCCAAAAUCUUAGUCCUGAAGAAGCUAAAGUCCUUAAAUUCAAUCAAGAGUGUUCUAUCACAAAUACUAUGGCACUUAAACGUUUUUAUAUGCGGAAUCUUUAUUGUAAAGAUAUGAGUAUUGAGGAUUGGAAUAAUAUUUGCAAUAGAAAAUUUAUUGAAAAUUUUAGUUCACCUGAAACUCAGAAGCAUUUCUUACAAGCUGAAGAGAAUCUGGAAAAAUCAGUAGUAGAAGACUUGUAUAAAUCUUAUUCAACAAAGCAUUAG